CGAGCCGACGAUGGAGGACGCGAGGUCCCUUCUCCCGUACGCCACCGUGGACUCCUCGCUGCGCGCCCUGGCCGGGCAGGCCGAGGGCUUCGGCCGGCACGCCAUCGGCGGCCUCCACGGCGACGUCUACCACGUCACCACCCUCGAAGACGACGGGCCGGGCUCGCUCCGGGAGGGAUGCCGGAGGCCCGAGCCGCUGUGGAUCGUCUUCGACGUGUCCGGCAGCAUCCGCCUCUCCUCGGGCGUGCGCGUGUCGUCCUACAAGACCGUCGACGGGCGCGGGCGGCGCGUGAGGCUCGCCGGCCGGGGCCUGGAGCUCCGGGAGUGCGAGCACGUGAUCGUGUGCGGGCUGGAGAUCGCGGGCGGCCGCGGGCACGACGCCGACGCGCUGCAGAUCAAGCCCCGGUCCCGGCACGUCUGGGUCGACCGCUGCACCCUGCGCGACUUCGCCGACGGCCUCGUCGACGUCACCAACGGCAGCACGGACGUGACAGUCUCGCGGUGCCACCUCGCGGCGCACGACAAGGCCGUGCUCGUCGGGGGCAGCAGCGCCCACGUCGAGGACCGCGGCAUCCGGGUCACCAUCCACCACUGCUUCUUCGACGGCACGCGGCAGAGGCACCCGCGCGUCAGGUUCGGCAGGGUGCACCUCUACAACAACUACACCAGGGGAUGGGGCAUCUACGCUGUCUGCGCCAGCGUCGAAUCACAGAUUAUCUCCCAGUGCAACAUUUACGAGGCGGGGGAGAAGAAGAAUGUCUUCAGGUACAUGGAAGAACAGGCAUUAGACAAAGAUCAAAUCUCGAGCGGGCGCAUCCGGUCCGAAGGCGACCUGUUCCUGAAUGAUGCACAGCAGUGCGCCGCCGAUGCUGCAGGAGAUGAGCUGUGGGACUUCGAGGUCCAGGACUUCUACCAGUCGUGUUCGGUUCAGCCCACGUCAAUGGCGCUCAAGGUGCUCCUGCAGUGCUGCACCGGCUGGCAGCCGAUUCCGUUGCCACCAGAUGUCUCCUCCACAGAAGGUGCUGCUGACCUUGCUGAUCCUACGGCCUGA